AGCUUCGGUGACACUAUGAAUGGCUCAGACAGCCCGGGGGCCCAGGACACGAGCCAGGAAGGCGGCAGCGGCGGCUGGCAGCCCGAGGCGGUCCUCGUGCCCCUGCUUUUCGCUCUCAUCUUCCUCGUGGGCACCGUGGGUAACGUGCUGGUGCUAGCUGUGCUGCUGCGUGGCGGCCAGGCGGUCAGCACCACCAACCUGUUCAUCCUCAACCUGGGCGUGGCCGAUCUAUGCUUCAUCCUGUGUUGUGUGCCUUUCCAGGCCACCAUCUACACCCUGGACGGCUGGGUGUUCGGCUCGCUGCUCUGCAAGGCCGUUCAUUUCCUCAUCUUCCUCACCAUGCAUGCCAGCAGCUUCACGCUGGCCGCCGUCUCUCUGGACAGGUAUCUGGCCAUCCGCUACCCGCUGCACUCCCGCGAGCUGCGCACACCUCGAAAUGCGCUGGCGGCUAUCGGGCUCAUCUGGGGGCUAGCACUGCUCUUCUCCGGGCCCUACUUGAGCUACUACAGUCAGUCGCAGCUGGCCAACCUGACUGUGUGCCACCCAGCGUGGAGCGCGCCUCGACGCCGGGCCAUGGACCUCUGCACCUUCGUCUUCAGCUACCUGUUGCCAGUGCUGGUUCUCAGCCUGACCUAUGCGCGCACGGUGCGCUACCUCUGGCGCACAGUCGACCCGGUGGCUGCAGGUUCGAGUGCCCAGCGCGCAAAACGCAAAGUGACACGCAUGAUCGUCAUCGUUGCCGCGCUCUUCUGCCUGUGUUGGAUGCCCCACCACGCGCUCAUCCUCUGUGUGUGGUUUGGUCGCUUCCCGCUCACGCGCGCCACUUACGCGCUGCGCAUUCUUUCACACUUAGUUUCUUAUGCCAACUCGUGUGUCAACCCCAUCGUUUACGCGCUGGUCUCUAAGCAUUUCCGCAAGGGUUUCCGCAAAAUCUGCGCAGGACUGCUCUGCCGCGCCCCGAGGCGAGCCUCAGGCCGAGUGUGCGUCGUGGCGCCUGGCAACCAUAGUGGCAGUGUGCUGGAACGCGAGUCCACAGACCUGACACACGUGAGUGAGGCAGCGGGGCCCCUUGUCCCAGCACCGGCACUUCCCAACUGCAUAGCCUCGAGUAGAGCCCUCAAUCAAGUCUGUUAAAAGAUCAAAGGGCGUCGGCACAGUGUGACCUGAGGCCAGCUGGGGUUAUGCUUGGAUGUUGAUGGAUUGCAGCAGCAGACUGAGCACUGUAGGGGAUGUCCUGUUAUUAAACCGCACAGAUUGCUAGAGUCAUGUGACAUAAGCCUUCAGUCCGAGCACUUAGGAAGCUGAGGAGGAGCAAGCAAAGCCAGCUGUGGAGUCUGAGGUCCGCUAGAACUACACAUGAUAGUCUGAGUAAUAAUAAAGCGAAAGGUUCAAGCCAUCUCAUAUGCCGUGAUGCCUGUAGGA